UACACUGAUCAUCAGGGCACACUGAUCAUCAGUGCCCUGAUGAUCAGUGUACAUGUCCCCUCUGAGGAAUGCCAAUUACUGGCUCUCCUCUCCUCUGUCAGCGUGACAGCUCAUGAGGAGAGAAAUGCCGACAACUGGCAUUUCCUUAUUUACAUGCCAUCAGCUCAGCUGAAAGCUGGCUUCUUCUCCUCUCACUCCCAACUGUCUUUUACCUGGUACAGAGAGAGCCAUUCAGGGAUCCGUCCCAGUAAAUAUCCCCCACCACAACCAUCACCCUUCUGUGCAGCCUCAUCAGUGCCUCCUCAUCUGUACCCAUCAGUGCCGCCUCAUAAGUGCUCAUCACUGCAGCCUAUCAAUGCCCAUCAUUGCAGUCUCAUCAGUGAACAUUAGUGA